GAAUGUGUGAUUCACCAACAUCACAGUAAUUCCCACACAAGUCUGGAGGAACAGUCCAAUGUACAGAUAGGAGUCUACAACACACAAAUUUCUGUCUCGGCUGCCGGGGGGGCAUCAGUAUGAGAGCCUUGGGCCGAGAAUGAGCUCAAACUAUGGCCGCAAAUUUAGCAAGAGAAGAAAUCGAUCUACUCACAGCUCUGACAGCUCCAGUGAUUCAAACUAUGAACAACAAAACAGCAUUCAACCACAAAGACUACAUCUAAACAACUCAGCAACUCAAGAUGUGAAUGACGUAGACGGUGCGUGCUCUGGAGAAAGACGUGUGCACAAUGUGGAAAUCAACAUGGACACCAUCCAAAAGUCAGAUGAUAUACCCCUACUGACACCCCUGUCUUUUGGUGCCCCUGACACCCUCAGGCAAGCAGUAGAUAUGAGUGAUACAAGCAGUACAUCUUCUGGAGAAUUCUAUCAAAACACAAAGACUGACGUGGACAACAUUCUCCAGUCACGAGUAGAUGUGAAUGAUUCAAGCAGUACAUCUUCUGGCGAGUUCUAUCAAAACACAGAGACCAACACGGACUACAAUGUCAUGCCACGUGAGGAAGGACCAUCAUUGAAUGAAAAGUCACCAUAUGCAGCCCUGAAAUAUGGUGACCAUCCCUUACCAAAAUCUGACAAGCAAGGGGUGGAUGUGAACGAUUCAGACAGUACUUCUUCCAGUGAGUGCUAUCAAAACACAGAGAUCGACAUGGACUACAACGUCAUGCCACGUGAGGAAAGACCAUCAUUGAAUGAAAAGUCACCAUAUGCACCCCUGAAUUAUGGUGACAAUCCCUUACCAAACUCUGACAAGCAAGGGGUGGAUGUGAAUGAUUCAGACAGCACGUCUUCCAGUGAGUGCUAUCAAAACACAGAGAUUGACAUGGACAGCAGUCUCCAGUGUGAAAACGAGGAAAGCCCAUCACUUCCUGACAAGUCACUACAGACACCCCACAGCGCUCAGAUGACAGGAAACACUGCUGGUUACGGCGGCUCUCAUAUACCUAUCACCCACACUCAAGAUGGGAAUGAUUCAGACAGUACUUCAUCAGAGGAGUGCUAUCAAAACACAGAGAUUAAUGACAACGCCCUCCAUCAUUAUGGCGAGGAAAGCCCAUCACUUCCUGAGAUGUCUUUUCAGAAUCCCCAAAUUGCACAGAUGACAGAAAGUACUGACGGUUACGGAGACCAUCCUGUACCUAGAAACCUCAGUCAAGAAUCGGAUAACAGCAGCACAGCAUCAGAGGCAUCGUAUGUUAAUGUACCACCUAAAAAUGAGAGUGAGGACCAUUCUGCUGCAUCAUCCGAGAGCGACUAUGAUGAACCUGACAACUGGUGACAUUUUUCACAGCAGGACAGAUGAUUCACAACCACACGUCCCUGAAAACCAAGGAAUGUAACACAGACGGGCCUUUGCAAUAUCUGAGUGUUUCUUAAAGAAUAUUCUGCAAGAACAGAAAAAAAAAAACAUCGAAACAAUGAUCAGC